GUGUAUGUAGGGUUUUAUAAGCGGCCGCCGAAAUCAUCACCGUCUUUCUUUCUGAUUCAUUCAAACGCACUUUCACAGCAGAGUGCGUGCAAAUCUCCACGAAAUCUCAAUCCAAAUACAUAAAUUUUUGCGUGUUUAUGUGUUUGUGAGCUCAGACGAGGGUUUUUGGAGCGCUCAGAUUUAUACAUGGCGGAGACGGCGGCGCCGACCAUCAUGAACGGGGCGGGGAACCUCCAACCAGAGUCCGAUUCGGCUCUGUUUCACAGGAGAAUUGAGUUCCACCUGGCGAGGAAGCAUUUCAAUGGCUUCGGAAAUGAAAGCAGCAAUGGGUUUAAGCUAGUAACGCUCAACCCUACAUCCGGACCGCUCAAGGCUUCCGGUUUGGGGAAAAAAACCGAAAAAUCCUCGGAGCAUUCAGAGGCCGGGUUGGAUCCCGAGCUCAGCUUCGAGAUUACAUUUCGCAGAAUUGGUGCAGGUUUGCGUAACCUUGGAAACACCUGUUUCCUUAAUUCAGUACUGCAAUGUCUGACCUAUACUGCACCACUAGCUGCCUAUCUUCAAAGUGGGAAGCAUCAAAAUUCUUGUCGCACUGCGGGGUUCUGUGCAUUAUGUGCUAUCCAGAAACAUGUUAGCCGAGCUCUGCAGUCAAGUGGGAGGAUUCUAGAGCCUAAGGAUCUUGUUUCGAACUUAAGAUGCAUAUCUCGGAGCUUUCGAAAUGCCAGACAAGAAGAUGCUCAUGAGUAUAUGGUGAAUUUGCUUGAAUCAAUGCAUAAGUGCUGCUUACCAUCUGGAGUGCCUAGUGAAUCUCCCAGUGCUUAUGAGAAAAGUUUGGUCCACAAGAUAUUUGGUGGUCGUCUGCGUAGUCAGGUGAAAUGCACACAAUGCUCCUACUGCUCUAACAAAUUCGAUCCAUUCUUGGAUCUAAGUCUAGAAAUCAAUAGAGCAGAUUCAUUGUAUAAAGCACUUUCUCAUUUCACAACCAAAGAACUGUUAGAUGGAGGUGCCAGGGAAUAUCAGUGUGAUCAAUGUAAGCAGAAAGUAAAGGCCUCCAAGCAGCUAACAGUUCACAAGGCACCUCAAGUACUUGCUGUUCACCUGAAGCGUUUUAGUUCACAUGCUCCUGGCCAAAAAGUUGAUAAAAAAGUUACUUUUGAACCUACCUUGGACAUGAAACCUUUCGUCACUGGCUCCUAUGAUGGGGAUCUAAAAUACACUCUCUAUGGAGUUCUUGUUCAUUAUGGUUGGAGCACUCAUUCUGGCCAUUAUUACUGCUUUGUUCGCACAUCAAGUGGCAUGUGGUAUUCCCUUGAUGACAAUCAGGUUGUUCAAGUGAAUGAGAGGAAAGUUUUGGAACAGAAAGCCUAUAUGCUGUUCUAUGUUCGUGAUAGGAAAAAUGUUGGAACAAAUAAUCAUGCUAAUGCCCUUCAGAAAAAUAACAUGAAUGCCAUUGGAAAUGCAGCAUAUUCGAAAUUGAACUUGGAAAUAAAAGAGAAAAUCGUUAAUGGUUCAAAUGAGAGAAAGAUAAAUGGUUCUGCAGCUUUAUCACGGAGGGAUGCACCAAUGACUGCUCUACCUAAGGAAAAAUUGACAGUUGAGCAUCAGGAUCUUGCGAGAAAUGCCAAGUGUAAAUCGAUGGUGCAACAAUUAAAGGCUCCGCAGAAGGAAGAUUCUGCAAUGGAAUUAAAUUCAAGCGUAAAUGGCUCUGGUGGUGCUUCAAAUGGAGGUCAUGUUGCAGCGAACACGUUGAGUACCGUAGAAAAGCAUAAUACAAAUUCUGCUGUAUUGUCUGUUGCCAUGCCAUCAAGCUACAAGGAGAGUGACAAGGAAAAACCUAGCGAAUCAGCUGAGAAGGCACCGGACAGUGCUGUGCUCAGAAGGUUAUCUGGAGAAAAAAGCAAAAUGGAUGGCCCCAUUUCUGAAACGAAUGCUAAUGGGAGGAGCAUGCUCAUGGGAGCAAUUGGCAAACCGGAGAAAAACAUUCGUGAUGGACAGGGACACACCUCUUGCAUUGAAGCUUCCUCCAUGAAGACUGUUGUUCCAAAUACUGAGAUGACUGUCAAAAAUGGGCAAAGAAUAGAUGUGCAGUCCAAGUUAUCAGACUUACCAUCAGCCACCACAGAGCCUCUCGAGCCUGGGAAAACUAAGAAGAAAAGGCGGGACAUUAAAGUUAAGAGGAAGCUCUUUAAGUAUCAGGCAGUCACCACAUCACUCAGCUCCAACAUUAUAUUAGGUGCCGGCCUUUGCUUACGAAGGAAAAAGCACAAGAAGAAACUGAAGAAAAAGCACAGUUCUAUGCAGGAGAAGUCUCCUGAUCAGGAGGAUAUGUUGGUUGAAAACGGCUUACCAUCAAAGCUAGGGCAAUCUGCGCCCGUAGAAUCAAUGCCUUCAGCUGUUGACCAAUCCACAUGCUCUCGGGAAAAUAAAGCCAAAUGUGUUUCAGAUGGCCAAAACCAGAACUCAAGCGUAAAAAACACUAGUGGUGAUAAUGGCAUGUCAAGUGUUGCUAUUGAUAAGGAUUUUAAAGAGAGGAUUCUUCUCAAUGGAUCCACAGGUUCUGCUGAAAAGCAACCUGAUACAAAGCACCCAACAGUUCAAGGAACUGUAGUCUCUGAAGAGCGCCAAAAAGAAUUGAGGCAAAAUGAUGUGAUGAACAUGCUUACAAGGGGCUUGGAAGAGACAACCGUUGGUCGCUGGGAUGGCAUUGAUGUUUCACUAUCUACUAAAUCUAAAAGAAAAGCAGCAGGGACUGCCCAAAUCGGUUACAUUGGAGAUGAGUGGGACGAAGAGUACGACAGAGGAAAGCGAAAGAAGGUAAGGGUCCCCAUUGAUAGCUACGAUGGACCAAAUUUGUUCCAAGAAGUUGCAAACAAAAGAUUGAAAACAAAGAGCACGAAGCUUGACAGAUCCAGAGGUGCGAACCAGCCAUUUAGGAUAUGAUGAGUUGAUGAUGAUGGGGGAAUGUUAAGCAUUCCAUUGGAGAGAAGCAUCAUUUUUGUCUAGUCCUAUUUCAGUUAUAGCGAUUUUUGCUGUGGAGGUGGGGUGUCACAAAGCUUCAAAACACCAGAAUUCUGUAUUUAUCAUUGGUUUGUAUUGUCAAUUAUGAAUUUAGUUUUGGUGUAUUAAUUUCCGCUUUCAGCUUCAUUUUGAGAAGAAGCUGGAAGAUGGUACAUAGGGUUUGUGAAAUUUGUAUUAGCCAUGACCUGCAAUUGCAUAAUGUUUUACUGCUUCAAACUGUCCA